CGUACACUCACUUGGGGCUCAAGCUCGAGACUUCCAGCUCGCCUCCAGCACGCUGUGAAACCUUUUCGAGCAUGGACUACCAGAAUCGUGUGGGUUCGAAGUUCGGUGGCGGAGGUGUCGCUGGCGCAUCCGAGAGCAAUGUAGACAGACGGGAGCGCCUGCGCAAGCUCGCGCUCGAGACUAUUGACCUGGCCAAGGACCCUUACAUCCUUCGCAAUCACCUCGGAUCGCUAGAAUGCCGUCUAUGUCUUACCCUGCACACCAACGAGGGCUCAUAUCUUGCCCAUACUCAGGGAAAAAAGCAUCAGACAAACCUUGCCCGGCGUGCGGCUCGAGACAUGAAGGAGACGCAACUGAUGGUUCCGCCUACUCAAUCGAGUGUACAACGGAAAGUAUUCCUGAAGAUAGGAAGACCAGGAUACCGCGUGACCAAGGUGCGCGACCGGGACACGGGAAAAGAGGGCAUGAUGGUGCAGGUUCAUCUUCCACAAAUCAAACCCGGGGUCAUUCCAAGGCGGCGCUUCAUGAGCGCCUGGGAACAGAAACGCGAGCCUCCCAACAAAAACUAUCAGUACCUCAUCGUUGCGGCGGAGCCUUACGAGACUAUUGCUUUCCGCAUACCAGCUCGUGAGAUAGAGGAUGAAACAGACGAUGCCGGCUACUGGAACUGGUCUCACUGGGAUCCCGAUACCAAGCAGUACAGUUUCCAGUUCAUGUUCCGUCUGCAUUACUGACCGUCGCUGUUGCUACUGUCACUGUAAUAAUCCUUUGUCAAGUGUUCAUUCCGUCACGUCCCUUGCACGAGUAUUGAAUUUGGUGAGAAG